UCCAAGACGCCAGAUCGCCAUACAGGUUUGUAGAGAACUGAGUUCAACAGUCUCUUUUACCUGUAGAUCUUUGAGCAGUGUAGACCAUGUUCUUCAAUUAUGUGUAUGUUCGGCUUCUCCUCGUAACGCUUCUGUAUACAGUAAGUUUACACUCUCCUGACUGCGCUUCCCAUACUCUGGAAAAGAGACAGGCUUUUCAAAGGCGAUCUCGUCCAGCCUUUAGAUCACCAGGGAGGGUUAAAAUUAACCCUGAAAGUCCACAGCUGACAACAACUACGGAAGAGCCUAGUGACUAUUAUUAUGACGACUAUUAUGAUUACUAUCCAGACUACUAUUUAAGGACGACGACUACAACCACAACAACUACGACACCUCGUCCCCGUCCUUUAUUAAGAAGACGACGACCGUUUCGUCGAGGACGUGGGCCUGGCAGAUUCCGUCGACCAGUAUUUCGGAAAAGACCUGCUAUUCCAGAGGGUCCAAGAAAUGUCCCAGUACCAGUUGUGGCCAAAACGGAAGCACCGACCACCACUACCACUACACUUCCGCCAACCACCACUAAACCUCGCCGACACUAUCCGCCUCGUGAAGAUGGUAGGUAUAUUGACUACUUGUCGGACCCUAACCUUCCUCGAGAACUGAAUGGUGUGGAUUUGAACAAUUAUCCAUUCUUUAUUACUCUACCAGAAGAUAUCGACUUCAACUGUGAUGGUCGUCACGAUGGUUAUUACUCCAGCGUUCCUCAUAAAUGUCAGCUGUUUCACUGGUGUUUCGGAAGUCAGCGAUUCGACUUUCUUUGCCCGAAUUACACUUUGUAUGACCAAACGACAUUUACAUGCCGGUUUGUGAACAAAGUGGACUGUGAGAAUUCCGAACUGCACUACAAUCGAAACGAUGAACUUUAUGUGGAAACCACCACCUUGUCGGAGGAAGAGCAACGAGAGGAGAGGCGAAAGAAGAAACGGAAGAGCAAAAGUAGAAGAAGAAGCAGGAAUAGGAGCAGAAACAGAAGUAAAAAGCGCGAAGAAGAAGAAGAAGAAGAGAAUGAAGACGAAGAUGAUUAUGAAGACGAAGAUUAUGAUGAUGAAUAUUAUGACGAUGAAGAUGAGAAAAAAAAAUGAGCAGAAAUAAGUGGUUUACGCUGAAUUUCAAUAGAAGUUUUUAUCUAAAGUUUGAUCUCGCAAACAUGGCAGAAUUAUGAUAUUUAGUAAUGCUGUUUUCAAAGUUUUGGGUUACUGAAGAAGUAAACAAUAUAGAAUGGAGUAUGCAAAGCAUUAAAGAACGUUUUCGGCUUAAAGAAUGAACUUCAGGGUAUCUAGUGAAAAUGAGCCUCUGUGUGCAUGACAAGUUCUACAUAUAGUAUCCAAUCGUUCCUCAACAGACAUAUAAUUCCACUACAUCUACUUUAUUGGAUUUGUUACGCUAGUUAAAAGUUACUUGUUGUAUUUGUGAGUAAACGAGCCACUAGUUUUAGAUUUUUUAUCAAUAUUUUUAGGCUUUGCCUUCGUCAAGAUGGUUUGUCCAACACAACUCAAACAAACAGUCUUGAAGAAGGCGAAAAUCGAAACGCCACAGUCAUAUAAACCUUUUUAAACUUCUGAAAUUAGGUGUUCGUGCAGUUAUAAAUACAGACUAUUUGAUUGCUAUUUGACCAGAAAGCCAUACACAAAUUGAUCUGAAUAUCAUAAUUAAUAAAUAUUUUUAUUAUUGCUAAGGCAA